GGUCAUCAAAUUUGGGGGGAAAUAGUUCAAUUAUUAGGGGGAAAAUGUAUCACAUAAAAACCCUUUAUGCUUUAGGAGCAACAAAAGAGAGAGAGAGAGAGAAUCCCAUAGAAAAAAACUCAAUGAAAGAUGUGGCUGUGAAUAUUUCCUCAGUUCUAGACACAACCUUUCUCACUUGAGAAAACCCACAAUUCUCAAGUGACCUCGAAUGGCAAAAUUAUCAGCUCACGGUGGUCUCAGACCCCUCUCCAAUGGCGAAAAGACCACCUUUGGCUCUGAACUGAGAGACCCAUUUAGGUUCAAUAAGAAGUUAUUACUUGAAAACCCAAUUGGGUUUCAUAGAAGUAGUAGAGGGCUGAGAAUUUCUAAGUUUUCUAGGGUUUGGUCUCAUGGGAUGAAAUCUAAUGGGUUCAAGUCCGAAAAGAAAUUGAAGAGAGAUGGUGUUGAUAGUGAAGAGGAGGAGGAAGAGGUGGAGUUUAAAGAGUUUGGGAGAGAUGAGUUUUCUUGCUUUAGAGGUUUGGUGCUUGAUAUCUCCUACAGGCCUGUCAAUGUUGUCUGCUGGAAGCGCGCAAUCUGUCUGGAAUUCACGGAGAAGGCUGAUGUCUUAGAGUAUUAUGAUCAGACUGUGCCUUCUGCUCAAGGAUCUUUCAAUAUUCCAGCUGUCUUAAGAGUUCCUCAUUUGCUACAGGUUGUUAAGAGAAGAAGGGUCAAGCAUAGCCUUAGCCGAAAAAAUAUUCUUUACAGGGAUUCUUACACUUGUCAAUACUGUUCUUCCAAGGAGAACUUAACCAUCGACCAUGUUUUGCCAGUGUCACAAGGUGGUGAAUGGACCUGGGAGAAUUUGGUCACAGCAUGCUCAAGAUGCAACUCAAGAAAAGGUCAGAAAACCUUAGAGGAAACAAACAUGACGCUGCUUAAGAUCCCAAAGGCUCCAAAAGACUUCGACAUACUUGCUAUACCUUUGACAUCGAGUGCGGUAAAAGUGCUAAGGGCGAAAAAAGGUUUACCAGAAGAGUGGCUUCAGUACUUGGGAAAGCUAGUGUCAUAACAAUAAUCAGAAACUAGAUGUUACUGAAGGCGUGUUAAUGUUACUCAUGGAUUGUAAGGAUUUUUUGUCUCGACGUUUCAUCUUGUUCUUUUUCCUCUUCAUUAGAGUUUUGAUCACGUUGUGUUGGAAGAUCAAUUUUGUUGUGAUUGUGUUCUUUCCUUUUUCUCAUUUGGAGAUGAAUGCAUACUUAUGUUCAUCAACGGAUAAAUGUUGCAGUUUGGGCACCCUUUUGUUCUUUUAAGCAAAGAGGAAGAGUUUCACAUUGAGACUGCCUA